AUGGGGAGACUAAAGGAAGAUUUUCUUCCUGAUUUAGGAUUAGAAAUAGGUGGUGAUAUGAACCUAGCCGCUGGCAUUCAAGUGGCACAAUUGGCUCUUAAGCAUCGGCAAAAUAAGAAGCAGCAGCAAAGGAUUAUUGUCUUUGCUGGAAGGUACAAAAAAUUGUCCUUUUCUGAAAUAUUUAAUUCAUUUUUUCUUUGGGAGCCUUAUGCAAUUGGAAGGACCGAUCCGGAAGUGAUUCCUCCUGACAUCCGUCAGCAUUCUGCUAUUUGGAGUGCCACAGUUCCACUUAUAUCUUUUGAAUGUGUUGAGUGGCAUGCAUCUGAUAGACUGCGGAGGCAGUUUGGCUUGACUCAGGGUAUUCCUGAUCAGGAGCGAGACCUAGGUGAAGCACACGGCGAAGUUUUGACAGGUCCGAAGAAUCAGGAUUGGUCUAGAACCCACUCAUCCUGGGUUAUGCAGUGGACGAACCGGUAUAGUCUAGUUCUUGUCGAUGACACGGUGGCCUCACAGAAUCAGGCAGAUAUCUACUUGCAUUGGUACCGAGGUGCAUUUGGUGACCACUUGCAGUUGUCACAGAUGGAACCGCAAGAUAAUCAGCCUGGUGAUCCUAUUCAUAACCAGGAGAACCAAGACCCACAAUCACCGCAACCACCAUCGCCACGGCCACCAGCACCGCCCCCCUCACAAACACAGGCGCAACUAGAGCCUGAGCAGUCCACUCCAUACAUUCCUGAGACGCAUUCUGCGGAUUACCUGACUCCACCAGUAUAUCAGCAGUACUGGAGUGUUCCGCACCAAGAAUCUAUUGAACAAGGUUCUUUUAGCCAGCUACUUGGGUUCAUGGCUCCUGGUCCAGGUUACUCAUAUCCCGCUUAUAGAGACAUUCCCACCGGUCAGAUGGCCCAACCUAGUGGGAUAGCUCCAGGUAGAUUGUCAUUGGAUACGAGACCACGACAGCACACUUCCUCUGGUACAUCUGGAGGGAGAUUUUCUGUUGACUCUGGUAUGAGUGAUGAUGCCACGAGGGGUAUCAUACAGAGUGGAGUUGACCGUCCUGUUCCAAUGAGUCUCAUUCUAGAGAGCUACCAGCCAGCUGAUGAGGACAAUGAUGACUUUCUGGUUGACCAUCCAGAUGGGGAUGAGGUUGAAGACGAGGACGAUGAUGCGGAUGCCGAUGAGGACGACAACGAGGAUGAUGCGGAUGCCGAGGAUGAUGAGGAUGGGGGUGAUGGUCCGGUUCAUGAUUCAGCGCCUACUGCAGGUACAACCACUAGCGAAAAGGGAAAAGGAUACAACCUUAGAGCUGACCCCCCUCGGCGGAGCGCUAGUCGGUAUACCCCAUCCGCUUUUAAGAAGGUUGCAAAGAAAUGCAAGAAAUUAGUCAAAGAUGUAAAAUGGGGGAUGAGAAAAUGAUGUUGAAUUUAUAUAGCAUGUGUUGGACUUAUUUAUAUAGCAUGUGUUGGACUUAUUAAUGUACCAUGUUUUAUAGUUAAUUAUGUA